AUGUCUUUGGGUGAAGACUUUGUGCUAUCUAAUCUACAAGGUUUGGCUAUUUGCUCGGCGUUGGCUAAGGAUUUGGACUAUGAAAAGCUGGAGAGCCGAUUGUUUGGGCGAAUAACUGAAGAUGCAAGUGAACUUAUUCUUGGCCACAAUGUUAGAAGCACUUUUUUUGCUGCUGGGAUUUGUAUACUAUAUGCUCCUCAUAACAAGGUAUGUUUUUAGUUCAAUUAUUUGGCUUUUAGGUUGAUUCUCAACAGAGGAAAUCAGUUUAUCUUGUUGUAGAUAGCUAUAUAUAUAUCGUUUUAGUUUGAUGAGCCAUUGUGUGAAAAAUUGAUGGAGCUUAUGGAGAUGUUGCCAGUACUUCGUUGGGUUGAUGAUUCCGCUUUUAGCAAGCUUGACAGUAAGUUUUACAAACAAUGAGAUACGAUUCUUUAUCUUGUUUUAGAAGUAACCAUCUAUGAACAAUUUUCAUUUUGUUUGAAUACUAUUUUGGGUGAUAUUGCUGCUCAACAUUUUAACUUACGAGACAGGAUUAUUGACCAUCAACUUACAUUGUUAGAAGAGCUAAUGGAAGAUAUUACCGAAUUUAUCAGUGGAAUUCAGCGAUCUCCUUCUUUAAAUCAGUCGAGGUUUAAUAGAAGGCUGUCUUCUGAAGGUUAGUUUUUAAUCUCCAAAAGAUUUUUUUAAAUUUUAGGUUUCAUAUGUAGCUUCUAUUUUUGUUUCGAGCGUAAUUUACAAGUACUGGUGAGCUGAAUUUGCUCAAAAUCUUCUUAAAACAUCAGACUGUAUGUCAUGAGUAAUAUAAUUUUAGUUGACUGCAUGAGGGUUGUGUCGAUGAUUUUUGGGUUGUUGAGGACAAUUGGAAGGUUUUCGGCAGAUCCAAAUAAUCCACUAAUAUCUAAUAUUUAUCCACCGCCGUUUGCCAUAGCCCAAAAAGGGGAAAAAGUUGAGCCGGUUGUCAGGAACGUAACGUGAGUAACAUUUUUUGAUGUUUUGGAUCAAUUACUUUACUUUUUAUAGUUUUUUAACUUUUUUGUUACCUACCAACAUUUUUCAGAUUAUUAACUUUUGUUUAAGGUUAUCAACGGACGCUACGAAUUGGUUUUGGAACGACGAGAAAGAAACGUCUAAAGGAGGCUCAAGAAAGGUGUAUUCACGGCACGGUAGCAGCUUUUUGAUGCCGGAUGUUGGGGAUAAGGACAAAGAUGUUUUGAGGCUGACGUUUGGCGAAAUUGAACGGCUUACAGCUCAGGUAUGGCUGCUACAUUUUUUGAAAUCAAAUUGAAGUGUUUAUGGUUUAUAUCUUUAAGCUUGGCUUGUCACUUACUUUUUAGGUUAAAUUAGCCUUUUAUUUCAAUUUUAUGUUGUUCUUAGCUUUAUCAUCAAUUUGUAAGGAUAACAUAGGCCUUUAUUUUUACAUUUUAGCUAACAUUAGGCUUAAAUUGACCUUCUUUCAGCUAAAAAUUUUAAUGGAACCAAAACUCCUCUCAACUUUGGACAAAUACGCUCAAGAUGUCUACUACAAACAACAACUUAAACGUUUCCCUUACCGAACGGUGUCAGAGACAAUUACCUUAGUAUCGGUAACAUGCUUAAGAGAUGUGUUAAGCCUAUACGACAAUAUUCAUCAAGAUUCGGUGAUUCCAAUGGAAUAUGCCAAAGAAUUGUACACUUUCUCAUUACAUUUGUUUACACAAGGACAAGAACAAUUGAAUAUGAAAAAUUUUAAUGAAGAUAUUAGAGAAACGAGAAAGUCUGUCGAUGAUGAAAACAAUCAGCCGUUGGUGAAUCGACUGAAAAUGCUGAUUAUUGCGAAUUCGCUGGCGAUAGAACUAAUUGUUUGGAGUGCUGUGGAUGAGAAUAGUAGGUUUGAGGGGGAAGUGGUAAAAAUUUAAAGCUACAAUGACAUAAUGACUUUAAAACUGGUAACAACUUUGUUUAAAAAGUUAAAAAUUUAUGGCCAAAACUUUAUUUACAAAGAAGAGUUUUUAUAAACACGUUUUAGCGUAUAACAUGUCAUCUCCAGCCUGCAAAACUCUGAAAAAUGAAAGAACUUUCUUUACAAAACAAAAAAUGGCAAGAACUUUCUUUACAAAACAAAAAAUGGCAAGAACUUUCUUUACAAAACAAAACAUACCAAGAAAUUUCUUUAUAAAACAAAUAAAAGUGACAAGGAUUUUCUUUACGAAUCAAUUUUCAGCCGGAUACAUAAUAUGUAACAACAUUCACGACAAGCUGUGGCAACCUCACCGUCAUGUGUUGAUUCAGAAUCCUAUCAGCGUUGUAGCACUCGAAGCUUUGGGUACACUGGCUGAGAAGUUUCCAGCAUUGUCAAGUACUAUUGUAGUCAGAUCAUUAUGUAGUUUUCUAUUGGAUCCAUGUCCAUUAUUGACGAAGCUGACCAGCAAUGAGGUAAGGGUUGGAAUAUGGCAUGAAUUUUGCUUAAAAGUUUAAAAAAUAGCAAGAACUUUCUUUACAAAACAAGAAAUGGCGAGAACUUUCUUUACAAAACAAAAAAUUGCAAGAACUUGGCUUACAAAAAAAAUUUUUUCAGUUCGACAAAGGGGACCGAACGAUGACAAAAGAGCAAUGUGAUGCAGUCAGUCGACGAAGAUUAGGCUUAAAUAGUCUGAGGACAGCAGCCAUAGACGCGUUAUGCCGAGCUCUGAGAGCAGCUAUACCUCCAGAAGAAUCAGAAUCUGAAAAUGGAGCUGAAGAAACAUUGAUAAGAUCAUGUUUGACUCAGUUAUCAGCUAAACUUUACGUUCCUGAGAACGCGUCGGUUGAGAGGUGGGUUAUUUUACUGUGGCAUGAGGUUACUUGUAUUAUGUUGUUUGAUCUUACCCUUCUCCUACUUUUACCUCUUCCUCUUACUCUACUAUAACUUACUUUGUCUUAAACAAACUUUUAUUUAUCUCUACCUCUAGGUAGUUUAAGUUAGUAUAAUAUGUCAAAUUAUCUAAAACAAAAUCAAAAACUAAAAUUUCAGUACGAUCUACAUGAUAUCAGAGAACGUAAUUAUGGCAUUGGGAAGUAUCGGAAUCACACUGAUUGACCGUAAAAUUCCUCAGAUUGUCUUACAGAUCUUUUUACAACGAUUUGCUCAACCACCAUCAGCACUGGAUCAGGUCAUUAUCAAUCAGCUGGCAGAUAUGUGGAUUGCUGGGGCUGUAAGUUAAAUUGUUCAUAGCAUGACCAUUAAUAUUUUUCGAACUGCAUACUGUAUCAUAAUAAACAUAUCUUCAGUCAGUAAUCCACGACGGAGUAAUAAAACUCUUUACAAGAAUCAUAUUAGAAUCAAGUAAUCGCAUCUACUCUGCUGAUCCACUACAACAAGCUCAACGAUACUCACAUGUCUCAUUAGUUGUCGAUAGUGCUCUAGGCAAAAUGGCAAAAGCUUUGACGAAAGAAGAAGAACAAAUGGAGUUGUUGUACCGAUUGUUGGAGCUUUUUGUCCAAUUGGCCAUAGAAGGGAAGAGAGUUCAUGAGAAGAUCAAAAAGACUGCUGUUAAGGUAAGUAUUGGUAUUUUAAUACGAAAGUUUGCUUUUUAAUGUCAAAGCACUAAAUUAAUGACAGCCUUAUCAGUAAAAACCCACAUUUUUCAGAUGACAGCCGGAGCCGGUAAUCUCGGAGUGCUAAUACCUAAAAUAGCAUCACUUAUCGUCAGAAUGAAGCCGAUCUUAGAACCGACCGUGAAAGUGAAAAACCUCUUCAGAGACUUCUUUUUCUACUGUUCAGCAGUAGGAUUUAAUCUAGAAGUGACGGAUGGUCUAUGGCCAGAUGAUUGGUAUCGAGCAGUGUGCCAAAUCGCAGUGAAAGCACCAGUUUUGACGGUAAUCGAGAAUCUGAAGUCGGAAAUGAUUGAAAAUGCAGCUAUUAAGAUGGACACACUACCUUUGGUGGGUUGACAUUAUUUUUUGGGUUUUUUUUUAUAUUUUUCAAGAUAGUUUUUACUAUUUUUGGUUCUGUAAAGAAAGUUUUUGCUAUGUUUUGUUUUGUAAAGAAAGUUUUUGUCAUUUUAUGCUCUGUAAAAGUUCUUGCUAUUUUUUGUUUUGUAAAGAAGAAAGUUUUUGUCGGUUGUAACAAUAAAAAUGGCAUGCAGGCUGCUGGUGACAUGUUAUACGAUAAAACGUAUUUAUGAAAAGUUUUUCAUUGAUUUUUGGUAAAAUACGGUAUUCGAAGUUUUUGUUUUGUAAAGAAUGUUGUUGCUAUUUUUUGAUUUGCAAUGGAAGUUUUUGCUAUUUUCAGGUAAAGAAGCGUUUAGUAGGUUGCGGCUGAUGUUGUAUACGAAAAGCUGAUUUUUUGGUAAAAUACGAAUAAUUCACGAUUUUUGAAAUUUUUUGAUUAAAUGACAAAUCAAUGACAAGACUUUAAAAAAUCAAAACAAAAUGAGUUUUUAAAGUUUUUUUUGUAAAAUACGAUUAAAUCCUUUGGAAGAAGGUUAUACAUAUUGUAUUUAAGGCCGACAUUCAAGAACGUCGUAAUUUGGUACUGAAAGAAGUUCAACAAUCACCGGAAAUCACAACAAUCGUCUCAAGAAUGGACUAUGCUCAAUGUAUCUACCUGUUAUCAGUGUGUAGAACAGAGAAAAUGAGAGUAGUACACUCGAAUGAACCUGACGCGCCUCAACAAAUGUUCAAGUAUCUGGAAGACAAGUAGGAAUUUUGGCUUUUUGAAAUUAAAAUAUUGGGGAUUGAGUUAAAAUGGAUUUUUUUGAGCCGAAAUACCUUAAAAAUUUUAAAAAUUUCGAUUUUUGAAAAAUUUAAAAAGCAAAAUUUUUUUAAAAAAUAAAUUUAAAACAAUAAAAAUUCAUUUCAGAGCCAUCCGAAAAGAUAAAACAGGAAUUUGGUCAUGCCUUUUAUCAGCAACCCCCUUAAUCUUCACCGAGUACCUAAAUCGCAUGGCCAAAGGCAAUGCGUGUCGCCAAAGAACGGCCGACAUCAGAGUAACGGCCGAAUUCCUCUUGGUCAUGUUCAAUCACUCAGUAAGAGAAGUACGACGAUGUGCUGAUAAUUGCCUGACAAAACUAAUGGAUAUGUUCCCAUACCUACUUUGGAAUGGCCAAGUUAUUGCGACUGCAUUGAGUUUGAUCCAAGCUAUGUCAAAGAUAAUUGAAGAGGAUAGAGAGUGUCGGAUUACUACGUUGGAGACUUCGGAAUUGCCUUGGAAGCUUCAUUUGGAGGUGGGUUUUAGAUUUGAAUAGAUGGAGGAAGGGGGGGGUAGGGUGGAGAGGGGUGGAAUUUCAAGAAAGUAAUUUUUUAUAGGACACUCUAGCCGCUCGAGAAAACAUAGCCAAAGAUUUUGCCCAACGAGUAGAGCAGAUCCUAUGCGAAGCCAUGAAAUGGGCUCCAGGCACAACCCACGGCCAUCUCCUAGAAUACGUACGACGAACAAACUCUACAAACAACAGAAGUCUCCGCCUCACCAUCGACGCCGUCCUUCAUCACCACUCAACUGGUAUGGGGAGCGACUUUUCCCCAUCAACAAGCGAAGUCAACUCAGUGAAUGGCUCGGUAAUGGCAAAAGAGAAGACAACAUUGGAUGUGUCAGCCUACCUCACAUCACUAAACCAACGAGCCAACUUUCUCGGCCGCGUCCAGGGCAUGUUAUCCAUGCUGAAGUCGACUCAACAUGAUCAAGCACUGGCGACAGAGUUGUUGAUCGAACAUCUGGACACAAAGUUCAGAGACAUAUUCGAGAAGAACGAAGAACACAAAUAUAGUUUUAGCAACCUCGGCCAAAGCUAUGCCAACAUUGAUCGAGAGCUGGAGGAAGCGAUCAUGCUCAGCAGUGCCUUCUUUGUCGAAUCACAAAAUUUGGAAUCGAAGACUCUGAGGAAUCUGGUCAGAAUACCGGAGAAGAAUUUUACCGAAAAGACACUUCAAUUGUGCAUAUCGUGCUGGAAUUGGAUUCUGGUGGCCAGGGAGGAUGUUCAGAUUCAUGUAGGUUUUUAAGGAUGAUGUUAUGAUAAAUUUCUGGUUUUUGAGUUCAUUUGGCAGGAACCUUCUUUACAAAAUCAAAAAUUGCAAAACUUUCUUUACAGAAUGAAAAAUUGCAAGAACUUUUUUUACAAAUAUUAAAUAAAUUAAAAAUAAUCUACUUUUAGUUCCUUCAAGAGAUGAGUGGAUGUUUCCUUCAAAUCGCUCAAAGAAAUGUAGGCCUAUUCGAUCGCCAAUACGACAAGGUAGAGUGCCCAAUGUCGAGUAGUGAAUGCGACAAAAGAAAGGCACCUUUUGUAAAACCACACGCCGUUUGGGCUGGGGUAAGUUUUCAACUUUUAUAAAAAAAUUUUUUAAUGAAAAAAAAAUGGCGCAAUGUUAAAUAGAGGAUCGUGAUGGAUGCAAGAAGAGUGGCGCGAUGGUAAAAUACGGUAUUAGCAUCCAAACAUAGCCAUAAUAUUUAUGAAUUUAUUAAAAAUUUUUUUUUUAAUUUUAAAAAAUUAAAAAAAAUUGAAAAAAUAUAAAUUUUAAAGAUUAUGUGUGAAAAAUUUGAAAUUUAAAAGAGAUUUUUUUCCAGUUUUUGGCCGAAAGAAUGUCGUUGGCCAGGUACUGUAACCAAGAACAAAUCGAUCUGUUUGAGCUACUAUUCUCACGCAUAUUAUCAUUGGAAGUGGGAAAUGACCAAAGAAUUGGCGGAAAUAUCAAGAAAAUACGUAGGUUCAUAUUUUUUUUUGUUUUUUGGGGUAAAAUACGAUUAAAUAUAUUUGUACAAUUAAAAUUUGAAUUUUUCGAAAUUUUUUUGGAAUUUUAAAAUUUUUGAAAUGUGUUUUUUUUAAUAUUUGACGGAUUUAAAAGUGCAAUUUAGAUUUUUUUGUAAAAUACGUGGGGGGAUAUUGGGGUUAUUUAAACAAGUUGAUUUCAGCCAUGAUGAGCCGGCACAUCGAAGCAGUAGGAGUCAGAUUCAGAUUACUGUCAGCUGCGUUAACCAUGAUUCAAAACGACUUUCUUACCAAUUCUCAAUCGAAAAACGUUUUGCGACAACGAAUAUACGCUUCCGCUUUUGAUUACUUCACGUAAGGCUUUUGGUGUCAUUAAAAUUUUUAUUUUCUUAAAUUUCAUGUUUUCGUUGUGGGACCUGAUAUUGUGGUUUCUCAAAUUAUAACUAAAAAAAACUUUAAAAAAGUUGAUUUAGGUAACCUUAGAAUGACAAUUUAGACGAACUCUAAAUUUCAGGUUUUCUUGGUGGGACCCAAAAAUUUUAAUUUUUUUAUUUUCACGAAUUUAAUAGAGAAUAUAUUGAAUAGAGAAAUACUAAGCUUGAUUUCUUUGUAAAAUACGCCAAUUAUUCUCAUUUUUGAUUGGUAUAUGUUGUAGAUUGGCUCCACAAACUCCAACGAUGAAUUCGAAGGAAUUGAAGGAAAUCAUCAAAUAUUUUAUCACUUUUUGGAAAGCUUUGAAUGUUGAUGUCAAGUACAUCAAGAAGGAGACUUUUACCGGCAGUGGUGAGGUUUUGAGACCGUUUUUGAAAUUUAAAAAAUUUUUUUUUGAAAAUUUAAUUUGUUGUUCAAAUAAUUUUGAGCCCCCUUUUCAAAGCAAAUUUUUAGGGUUACAGGCACAGAAUUAUUUGAAUAACUUAAUAUAAAACUUGCGUUUUUGCUGUAAAAUAAGACUUUUCGAAUAACCAUUAUUAAUUUAGACAUCUCCACCGCCCAACUUCCAAAAUCACCGCCUGAUGCCCAAUCCACCAAUGCUGUUGCCGCCUUUCAUCAAGCCGCCGUUCAAAACAGAGGCAACUCCUUCACAUGGCACGCUCCAAUGAAUCAAAGUGCUAGUAAUGCCAACCUAUCAUCGAACACCUUCAUAGCACCAAGUCAAAGAUCGAGCACGGCACAGCGAACAAAUUCGACCAGAACACUCAACCAGUCGAAAAUCAUGGAAAAACACAUGAGAAAUUUGUAUAGAAAGCGACAGCUAUUGCUGUUUUUGAUUGUAAGUUUAUGGUUUGAUGGAAAAGGGGAAAGAACUUUGUUUACAAAGGCUAAAAUGGAAAAAACUUUGUUUACAGACUAAAAAAUAGCAAGGACUUUCUUUACGAAACAUAAAAUGGCAAAAACUUUCUUUACAAGACACAAACUUUUAGUUUUUUUACAGACUAAAAAACGGCAAAGACUUUCAUUACAAAGCUAAAAAAGAGGAAUAUUUACAUUUAUCGUAUAACUUGUCGUCUGCAGGCUGCAAGACGCAAUUUUACAAGGGAAAUGGCAAUGACGUUCUUUAAAACAAAAAAUGGCAAUAACUUUCUUUACAAAACAACUAAUGACAAAAACUUUCUUUACAAACCAAAAAAUGGCAAGAACUUUCUUUACAAGAAAUAGCUUUUCAGUCCCACGAAAUUGACCGCCUCAAUGCCUGGCUCAACCCACUAGGCUUACCGGAAGAAGAGAACUCAGACACUCAAAUCGAAAACUAUAUCCGAACGGUACUUUUGGACCAACAAAAGCAAUUUAAAGAUAUGGCCAGAUUUGCAUGGGAAAUCUCGCCAGAAUUGGCAGUUCACUUGGUACCACGUCUACCAGCCUACCCAGCUGUCAAGACGACUAUCAGAGAGCUGGUACGACAACAACCAGAGGCCGUAACCCAUCUGACAGAAGCUCUACAACUGUUUCUAAUUGAUUCCAACACUUUGAUUGAAGCAGAAACGGCCAAGUUCAGUCACAUAUUAACAUGGGUACAUUGCUCACCAGUCAUGGCUAUAUCAUUAUUGUGUCCCAAGAUAUACCCACCACAUCCGAGCACGGCACAAUACGCUGUAAAUGUGUUGAGAGCGUGUCCACCGGACUUACUGUUACUUUAUAUACCACAGAUUGUUCAGUGCAUGCGAUGGGAUUCGGUGAGUUUACUAAUACGUUACGGUGCGGUAGGUAUGGGCUGUGGUAUGAUAGUAUUGUAGCUGUCUUUCGUACUACUGUAGCUGUCUUUAAUAGUACUGUAACUGUUCUUGAUAGUAAUAUUGUUGUCUUUGAGGGUGUUUGGCUACUUCCGGUAGUACUAUAGCUGCCUUUUAUAGUACUGUAGCUUUUCUUCAUGGUACUGUAGCUACUUAUAGAGAAUUUUAGUGUUGUUAAUGGUACGGUUGGACAAUUUAUUACUCUGUUAUACGUUUUUUAACUUAUGUUACAUUUUCAGAUGGGCUACGUAGCCGAACUGAUCCUCUGGCUAGCCAACCACUCUCAACUAGUAGCCCACCAACUUUUGUGGAACAUGAAUGCCAACAUGUACCUAGACGAAGAUGCAAAACAAAAAGAUCCAGUACUAUUCGAACCACUAAAUACCAUUUCCGAGAAACUAAUCAAUAACCUAGCUGGAACGGCCAAACGCUUCUACAAGGCUGAAUUCGAUCUGUUCGAACGAAUCACUCGAAUAUCAGGCCAGAUCAAGCACUUUGAGAAGGGUGAGAGUAGGAAGAAAGCUUGCCUGAAGGCAUUGGCAGAAGUUCAGGUUGAAGGUGUUACCUACAUACCUUCGAAUCCGGAAUGUAUUAUCAUUGAUAUUGAUUAUUCUAGUGCUACGCCUAUGCAGAGGUUGGUUUUGGGGGGUUUUGUUUUAUUUUAAAAUGAUUUUUUAUAGUUUUUAAAAUGUUGAGUUUUUGAAAAUUUUUCAAUUUUCAGCGCGGCUAAAGCCCCAUUCCUAGCCUGCUUCCGAAUGAAGCAAUGCGGAGUAGACGGAGUGGAAGACCUGGCCCUAUCCUACUACGAAAAAGAGAUUGAAGCCGAAGAGCAAAAGACCGCCAAGCCCAAAGCCAACAUCGUCAAAGUGGAUCCACAUGGCUUCGUGAAGCACGACCCUCAAGUCAUCAGAAAAGGUGCCAUUUUCAAGGUCGGCGACGACUGUCGACAAGACGUUUUGGCUCUACAACUGAUGCGAUUAAUGAAAAACGUCUGUGAUCAAUCUCACAUAGACGUAGACUUCUUUCCCUAUCGUGUCGUAGCCACGAAUCCAGGCUGUGGAGUGAUCGAAUGUGUACCUAAUGCCAAAUCAAGAAAUGAAAUUGGUCAUCAAACAGCUUUUACGUUGUUCGAGUACUUUGUGACAUCGUAUGGCGAUGAAAAUAGCGAAAAGUUCAGAAAUGCCCGGAGGAACUUUGUCAAAAGCAUGGCCGCCUACUCGGUGUUCAGCUUCCUGUUGCAAAUCAAGGACAGACACAAUGGAAACAUCAUGAUUAAUAAGGAUGGACAUAUCAUUCAUAUUGGUAAGGGAAUGAUGGUUAGAAAUGGGUUUUUUAAAAUUUUUAGUACUAUUAGGUGCCGACAUAAAGAACCCGCCAUUUUUUACAAGGAAUUACAGGAAAAGUAUGGCGGGUUCUAUAUGUCGGGACCUAAUAUCUAGGGUCAUACUAGGUUUCAUUGCGUCAAUUUUGUUAGAGAAAAGGCUUUAUGAUAAAAUUUUUUCAGAUUUCGGAUUCAUGUUUGAAAGUUCGCCCGGAGGUAAUAUGGGAUUCGAGCCGGAUUUCAAAUUGAGUCAGGAGAUGGUGGACAUCAUGGGUCAUAAUAUGGAACACCCUGCCUUCAAACACUUUUCUUCGCUUUGUGUUCGCAUAUUCUUGGCUGUCAGGCCUUAUUAUCAAGUAAGGGAGGGGGGAUUUUUGGAAAAUUUUGAAAUUUUAAAUUUUUUUAGAAAUUUUUAGAAUUCUUUUGAUUUUUUAAAAAUUUUGCUUUAAAAAAGGGUUUGAGAAGCUGUUGGGCGUUACUUAAUUGAAGUAAAUUUUUUUUUUUCAUUCCAAAUUUUAAAAUUUCAAAUUUUAUAAAAUUUUGCUUUUAACGACUUUGAAUUCUUAUAUUUUUCGUAUUUUAGGACUUCAUCUCUCUAGUCACCCAAAUGCUGGACACAAAACUGCCAUGUUUUCGUGGUAAGACCAUCCCUCUACUUCGGAGUCGCUUUGUGCCAGAAAUGAAUGACAAAGAAGCGGCCAAGUACAUGUUGGGAAUCAUAAACAACUGUUGCACUAACAUACGAUCUAAAAUGUACGACCAGUUGCAAUAUAUUCAGAACGACAUUCCGUAUUAA